GCGUUCUUCUCCUCCUCCUCCUCCUCCUCUCCCGCCGGAGCUCGCCCGCGCGCACCGCCCGCCCCGACGUCCGAGCCCCCACGCGCCAGCGGAGACCAUGGUGGAUUAUCAUGCCGCCGGGCAGCCCGCCUACCAGUACGGCGGCAACGGGCCGGGCAUUGGCGACUACAUGGCUCAGGAGGACGACUGGGAUCGGGACCUCUUGCUCGACCCCGCCUGGGAGAAGCAGCAGCGCAAGACUUUCACAGCAUGGUGCAAUUCCCACCUUCGGAAAGCUGGCACACAGAUCGAGAAUAUUGACGAAGAUUUCCGUGAUGGUCUCAAACUGAUGCUGUUGCUGGAGGUCAUUUCAGGAGAGCGGUUACCGAAGCCGGAAAGAGGAAAAAUGAGGGUUCAUAAAAUCAACAAUGUAAACAAAGCUCUUGAUUUCAUUGCAAGCAAAGGAGUCAAGUUGGUUUCCAUAGGAGCUGAAGAAAUUGUCGAUGGCAAUGCCAAGAUGACCUUGGGUAUGAUUUGGACCAUCAUUCUCCGGUUUGCCAUCCAGGACAUUUCAGUGGAAGAGACUUCAGCCAAGGAAGGGCUUUUGCUUUGGUGCCAAAGGAAGACUGCUCCUUACAAGAAUGUCAACGUGCAGAAUUUCCACAUCAGUUGGAAAGACGGCCUUGCUUUCAACGCCUUGAUCCACAGACACCGGCCAGAGCUCAUUGAAUAUGACAAGCUCCGAAAGGACGAUCCAGUCACGAACCUGAACAACGCUUUUGAGGUUGCAGAGAAGUACCUCGACAUUCCCAAGAUGUUAGAUGCAGAAGACAUUGUCAACACGGCCCGUCCUGAUGAGAAGGCCAUUAUGACCUAUGUCUCCAGCUUCUACCAUGCCUUCUCUGGGGCACAGAAGGCUGAGACUGCUGCAAACAGGAUUUGCAAAGUGUUGGCGGUCAACCAGGAGAAUGAGCACCUGAUGGAGGAUUAUGAGAAGCUGGCUUCUGACCUGCUGGAGUGGAUUCAGCGCACCAUCCCUUGGCUGGAGGACCGGGUUCCGCAGAAGACCAUGCAGGAGAUGCAGCAGAAGCUGGAGGACUUCCGUGACUACCGGCGGGUCCACAAGCCUCCCAAGGUGCAGGAGAAGUGCCAGCUGGAGAUCAACUUCAACACCUUGCAGACCAAGCUGCGACUCAGCAACCGGCCAGCCUUCAUGCCCUCCGAGGGAAGAAUGGUUUCGGACAUCAACAAUGGAUGGCAGCACUUGGAACAGGCAGAGAAAGGUUUCGAAGAGUGGCAGCUGAAUGAAAUCCGGAGGCUCGAGAGGUUGGAUCACUUGGCUUUGAAGUUCAGGCAGAAGGCGUCUAUCCAUGAGGCCUGGACCGAAGGGAAAGAGGCCAUGUUGAAGCAAAAGGACUACGAGACAGCCACGCUGUCUGAUAUCAAAGCCCUGAUCCGGAAGCACGAGGCGUUUGAGAGCGACCUGGCAGCUCACCAAGACCGCGUGGAGCAGAUCGCAGCCAUCGCUCAGGAGCUCAACGAGCUGGAUUAUUACGACUCCCCCAGUGUCAACGCCCGGUGCCAAAAGAUCUGUGACCAGUGGGACUCCCUGGGGUCUCUGACCCACACACGGAGGGAAGCGCUGGAGAAAACAGAGAAGCAACUGGAGACCAUCGACCAGCUCCACCUGGAAUAUGCCAAGCGAGCAGCACCUUUCAACAACUGGAUGGAGAGUGCAAUGGAGGACCUGCAGGACAUGUUUAUUGUCCACACCAUAGAGGAGAUAGAGGGCUUGAUUGCUGCCCAUGAUCAGUUCAAGUCCACGUUGCCUGAUGCUGACAAAGAACGGGAAGCCAUCCUGGGCAUUCAGAGCGAAGCGCAGAGGAUCGCAGACUACAAUAAUAUAAAACUCUCCGGGGACAAUCCCUACACCUCAGUCACUCCUCAGAUCAUCAACUCCAAGUGGGAAAGGGUCCAGCAGCUUGUGCCCAAGAGAGACAGCGCCCUUCAGGAUGAGCAGAGCAAGCAGCAGUCCAACGAACGUUUGCGCCGACAGUUUGCCAGCCAGGCCAACAUCGUGGGGCCCUGGAUCCAAACCAAGAUGGAGGAGAUUGGGCGCAUCUCCAUUGAGAUGAACGGCACCCUGGAGGACCAGCUGAACCACCUCAAGCAAUACGAGCUGAACAUUGUUGAAUACAAGCCCAACAUUGACAUCUUGGAACAGCAGCACCAGCUCAUCCAGGAGGCCCUGAUCUUUGACAACAAGCACACUAACUACACCAUGGAGCACAUCCGGGUCGGGUGGGAACAGCUCCUCACCACCAUUGCCCGGACCAUCAACGAGGUGGAGAACCAGAUCCUGACCCGGGACGCCAAAGGGAUCAGCCAGGAGCAGAUGCAGGAAUUCCGGGCCUCCUUCAACCACUUCGACAAGGACCACGGCGGCUCCCUGGGACCCGAGGAGUUCAAGGCCUGUCUCAUCAGCUUGGGAUACGAUGUGGAGAAUGACCGACAGAAGCGCACGGGGAGCAUGGAUGCUGAUGACUACAGAGCCCUCCUUAUCUCCACGGGAUACAGCCUGGGCGAUGCAGAGUUCAACCGGAUCAUGAGCGUCGUGGACCCCAACAACAGCGGUGUGGUGACCUUCCAGGCCUUCAUCGACUUCAUGUCCCGGGAGACAACAGACACGGACACGGCUGACCAAGUCAUUGCUUCCUUCAAAGUUCUGGCUGGAGACAAGAACUACAUCACAGCAGAGGAGCUGCGGCGAGAGCUUCCUCCGGACCAGGCAGAAUACUGCGUCGCCCGCAUGGCACCUUACCGGGGCCCUGACGCCAUUCCCGGGGCCCUCGACUACAAGUCCUUCUCCACGGCGCUGUACGGCGAGAGCGAUCUGUGAGGGCGUGGCGGCGGCAAGCGCUGGCACUUCUUGGAGGGGAGGGGAGGGGGCGGCUGUUCCGUUUCCUUCCAGGCCGUAUUUGCAUUUCCUCUGCCUCUUCCUCGCGCCUGCACACGGACACCCACCCCCCCACCCCCCCACCUGAAGCCAAUGGGGUUAAUGUCCUCUGCGCUGUUUCUUUUCUCUGAGGACGAGAAGCUGCCUCCUUCAAGCUGGGCAACCUUGGGAGCUGGCCUGCGUUCUCUCUCUCUCUCACCUAUGCAACAGCCAUGGUUCCUUCCCUCGUCAGGACCCCGAGCACGCGAGAGGGGCUCAGCGGCCCCCUUUACCGUUGCUUUGCCAGGCAGGGAGGAUCAUGGGUCCCGGAGUGCCAAGCCCAGCCAGCAGACAGGCACCCAGACACGUUUUGGGCUCUUCUGUUCAACCCCUUUGGGGGUAUUUUUUUUCCCUUCUUAACCACAUUCACAAGAGGGAGGGAAAGCCUCCUUUAAAAUCCCUGUCAUCCCCCCCCCCCCCCCGCUUCGUCUCUCUUUUUUGUUUUUAAUUUAUAUAGCUGGCAGGCAGGAACUGGGCAUAGAAGGUGGCGAUGCGCUGAGAGUCAGGCGAUCCAGAGGGCACCGUGACCCGCUUCCUCUGGGUGUGUGUUUUUUAAAGCAGAACUGGAUCCUUGUUCCUUCUCCUGGGUUGCGCACUUCCUUUCUCGUCCCUGAGUGCAAGCACCUUCCUUUGCCCUCUUAAAACCCGCUACCCUUUUAUUUUAGCAACGCAAACACGUGCUGCUUCUGCCCCGGCUCACCCUGCACAGCAGGGGUGUCCAGCUGCUGGACCCAGGGAGGGCUUCCUCCGCCCCACUGGCCCACGAUGGCUGCUGCCCCCAGCCCGCCUCGUUGGGAUGCUUCUCCUUUAGGGCCCAGCGUUCUGCCUUGGAAGAGGUGGGCGAUCUGGGAUUUGGUCUCAAAUUAUUUGGGUGGGGGGCAGUUCUGAAGUGGAGAUGCUGGCUGGCUGAGAAUGCAGACACUGCUCCUUGUCCAGCCCCCGAAAUGUCUCCCUGCUGCCCUUUUGACCCUUCUCUGUGUGGCAGAACGAGCCAGAAUUUGCUUGCAAGCUGGCCUUGGAUGGGUUUCCCAUUUUUGCAGCCUUUCUCCCCCCCCCUCCCCGUUUUGUGGCAGUGGCAGAGAUCAGGGCAGAGGGAAUAUUGAUCCAUGGAGCAUCCAUAGUCGCUUUUGGGUGGGGGGUGGCUCUUGAAUGGUGUAUUAAAAUAGGGAAGCCAGCUAUGUUUGUCAGCCUGGUGGGACCGCAAAGGAAGCCAACACAAUGUCAGGUUUGCAAAACAGGGCAGGAAGAAGCCAAAAAGCAGUAAACCUUUCAUCAGAGGGCCUCUGAAACUACCCAGUGUUCUUUUUUCUGGUUGGAGGGCAGCGUCAAACUGAGUCUUCCUUCUCAUUUUCUCUUCGCUCUGAAUAACAUUUUCGAUCCAUUGCUUCACACUCAUAUUUGUAAUUUCUUCAUCAUGGUGCAGGGUUUUCUGAGGACCAAAUUUAAAUUAAAGAGAACCAUGCAGAGAUCUUUUUUUUUAAAAGAAAAAAAACAACAGAAAAACAGUAAACAGUUGCAAUUUAAUAACAUCCAGAUGAUUAUUAUUAUUAAAUAUAAAUAUAUAUAUUCCUCUAGCAUUGUAUAUUGUCAAUUGAUGGGGGGGCUGUUUCUGUCCCUUUUCCCCCCUGUAUUUUCAUCAUGUAGUUAAGAGUUAUGGCUGGCUGUAGCACCAGAAACUAACAUAUCCACACUGUGUUGGGGGGUAGGAGGUCAUCCUUUCUGUUUUGUUUCUCCUUUUUUUGCCAUCAGAGAAAGUUUAAUUACUUAUUUUAUUGCGGUUGCUACAAAAUCUGCCUGCCAAGGGUAGAUCCCUUACGUAAUAAGGAGUAACCAGGUUCUGUCUGCCUCUGCUGGUCAUCAAAUCUGUUCUAGAACUUCCAAGCUUUCUGGGGAAUCAGCUCUCCUUGCUCUUGGGAAACCAGACAAUAAAAUAUAAUAUUUUUAA